CCGGCUAGAGCGCGCCGGGGCUUUCGGUACCCCCGGCGUUCUCGGCAGCUUCCCUCUUCUCUCCCCGCCCCUGGGCCUCCGCACUGACGCCGUCCGGGCGGGAGCCGAGCCGGAGUAGGAGUCGGAGCCGGAGCCGCAGAGACGUGGAAACAUGGAGGCCUGAGUCGGUGUGCGCCAACCCGGCUGCGGCGGCGACCGCGGCUUGUUCUGUCCUCUCUGCCACCCGUUCGUCCGUCCGUGAGCUGGAAGCGGAUCUCCCCGCCGGCUGAGACAGGUUGUGUUGUGGAAAUGAAGGUUUAAGGACAAGUUAUCUACCAGAUUAAAAGAUGGGAUCGAAUAGCAGCAGAAUUGGUGAUCUUCCUAAAAAUGAGUACUUAAAAAAGUUAUCAGGCACAGAAUCUGUCUCUGAGAAUGACCCGUUCUGGAAUCAGCUACUGUCAUUUUCUUUCCCUGCACCAACUAGCAGUACCGAGUUGAAGCUCUUGGAGGAGGCAACCAUUUCAGUCUGCAGGUCUUUAGUUGAAAACAAUCCUCGAACAGGAAACCUUGGUGCACUAAUUAAGGUCUUCCUGUCUAGAACCAAAGAACUAAAACUUUCAGCAGAAUGUCAGAACCACAUCUUCAUUUGGCAGACACACAAUGCUUUGUUUAUUAUUUGCUGUUUGCUGAAAGUGUUCAUUUGUGAGAUGUCAGAGGAAGAGUUACAACUUCAUUUUACUUAUGAAGAAAAAUCUCCUGGCAGUUACAGUUCUGACUCAGAAGAUCUUUUGGAAGAAUUGCUGUGCUGUUUGAUGCAAUUAAUCACUGAUAUUCCACUCUUAGAUAUUACAUAUGAAAUAUCAGUAGAAGCUGUGUCAACAAUGGUGGUUUUCCUUUCCUGCCAACUCUUCCACAAGGAAGUUUUGCGACAGAGCAUCAGUCACAAGUAUUUGAUGCGAGGUCGAUGCCUCCCAUAUACCAGCAAACUUGUAAAGACCUUGUUGUAUAACUUCAUCAGGCAAGAAAAGCCGCCUCCUCCAGGAGCACACGUUUUCCCUCAGCAGUCAGAUGGGGGAGGACUGCUGUAUGGACUGGCAUCAGGAGUAGCAACUGGGCUCUGGACUGUUUUCACACUGGGCGGUGUGGGCAGCAAAGCGGCCGCUGCUCCAGAAGUUUCUUCCCCUCUGGCCAACCAGAGUCUCCUGCUUCUGCUGGUGCUGGCCAACCUGACAGAUGCUGCAGAUGCACCAAACCCCUACAGACAGGCCAUCAUGUCCUUUAAGAAUACACAAGAUAGCAGUCCUUUCCCCUCGUCAAUUUCACAUGCUUUCCAGAUUAACUUUAACAGUUUGUAUAUGGCCCUAUGUGAACAGCAGACAUCUGAUCAAGCAACUCUCCUCUUGUAUACAUUGCUCCAUCAGAAUAGUAAUAUUAGAACAUACAUGUUGGCUCGCACAGAUAUGGAAAAUCUUGUUUUACCAAUUCUCGAGAUUCUGUAUCAUGUGGAAGAAAGAAAUUCACACCAUGUCUAUAUGGCCCUUAUAGUAUUGUUGAUCCUUACAGAAGAUGAUGGCUUCAAUAGAUCCAUUCACGAAGUGAUGUUAAAAAAUAUUACUUGGUAUUCAGAACGGGUUUUAACUGAAAUUUCACUGGGGAGUCUCCUGAUACUGGUUGUAAUAAGAACUAUUCAGUACAACAUGACAAGGACACGAGACAAGUACCUUCACACCAAUUGUUUGGCAGCUUUAGCAAAUAUGUCGGCACAGUUUCGUUCUCUCCAUCAGUAUGCUGCCCAGAGGAUCAUCAGCUUGUUUUCCUUGCUGUCUAAAAAACACAACAAAGUUCUGGAACAAGCCACACAGUCCUUGAGAGGUUCGCUGAGUUCCAGUGAUGUUCCUCUACCAGAUUAUGCACAAGACCUAAAUGUCAUCGAAGAAGUGAUUCGAAUGAUGUUAGAGAUCAUCAACUCCUGCCUGACAAAUUCUCUUCAUCACAAUCCAAACUUGGUGUAUGCACUUCUUUACAAACGAGAUCUCUUUGAACAAUUUCGAACGCAUCCUUCAUUUCAGGAUAUCAUGCAAAAUAUUGAUCUGGUGAUCACCUUCUUUAGCUCGAGGUUGCUACAAGCUGGAGCUGAGCUGUCAGUGGAACGGGUCCUGGAAAUCAUCAAGCAAGGGGUCGUUGCACUGCCCAAGGACAGGCUGAAGAAAUUUCCAGAACUGAAAUUCAAAUAUGUGGAAGAGGAGCAGCCCGAGGAGUUUUUUAUCCCCUAUGUCUGGUCCCUGGUGUACAACUCAGCGGUAGGCCUGUACUGGAACCCGCAGGACAUCCAGCUGUUCACUAUGGAUUCCGACUGAGGACGGGACGCCGUCUCCCACCCUGACCCCCUCCAGCCAAGCAAGCUUCUAGUUAUUUUCUUUCUGGGGGACAGAGGUAGACAGAUUCCCUGGUGCGCCUUCUAUUAAAGAGGGUCACACAGGCGUGUUUCCCUUGCACACUUGGGUUUGGAGAAUUGGUGCCAGUUGGCAGUAGAUCACUCAGUUUAGAUUAUAGUGCAAAAAAGGAGAGGGGAGUUACACAACAAUAAUAAAUGUAAAAACCUGCUAUUUCACAUGCAAUUUUAUUUCUAAACCAAAAAUCUAGAGCUUUUCCAGGAACCUGAUGCCUUAGGCAUAUAACUUUACCAGUACAUACUUCUUUUUCUUUUCUUUUCUUUCUUUUUUUUUUUUUUCCCCCUGCAUGUUCAGGAUUUUUGUUUUGGUUGUGUGUGUGUGUGUUUCGACAUUGAGAAGUAUCAACCUGAAAAGAUGACAAGACAGGAAUUAAUAAGGAAAUGAAGCCGUGUAUGCAUGCAGUUGCCUUUCAGAAGGCCCGUGAUAUAAGCCUGGGCGGUUGGAUAUAAGCCUUUAGGUCCCUGGCAUCUUUCCCUCAAAGAAAGAAGUGGCUCCUUCUCAUGAAGCCCAGAUUAGCUUUUUUGUGGAUUUGGCCUCUGAGCUGUAGCUGAAUUAAAUUGGAGUCUAGCACAAAUUAAGUUAAUCUACUCUGUAUUAAUCAUUGGGAAAAGAAAAGCUUCAUUUUGAAAGCAAUCUUUUUUCUUCAACCAGACUAAUAGGAGAAAAAGGAGACCAAUUUGAUUAAUACAGUAUUCCACAUGAGAGUAAACACAUGUUUUUCUCUCCACUUCUGACUUUGUUUAAACUCUUUGGGGCCUGUGUGAUCGCAGUUGUCUCCCUGAGCUUCUCUGAGGGAAACAGCCGCUGGGGUCGCCCUGAGCAGAGCAGUGGGCACUGAGGACAGAGGGGACAGGCCUUUCGAGUCACGCUCUAGGUCCAUGGCCACCCCUUCACGGUCUAGUUUCACUCUCAAAGACACAAAAAGUACUUGCUUUUCUGCAUAGGAAGCACACAAUCCCAGGUGAGAGCGAGCACCCGUUUCAGCCUGCCGUUGCCUAAUCUGUAUCAGAGGCAGCUUCCCUCCCCUGCCCCUGUGUCCCGGACCUGGAGGCUGGAGUCAUUUUGGUUCAUCACCGUCUUCUGAGGGUCUGGGAGGAGCCAUCUUCUGUCACACCGAGCUCUGGAGAAGGCUGAAAACAUGACCUGUCAGUGCACGUCCGUGUGGUUUCCACUCAUGACAAGCCUGGCUGCUUCAUCCUCUCAGCAGCACCUGAGGUCGGCCAGGCGGACUCACUUCCAUCAGGACGGGGGCUGAGACCGAAGCUCCCUGCGGCUGACCGCCUGAGGAAGGGCCAUCACUGGCGGGCGGACCCAGGAGGCGCGUGCGGCCUGCCCGCUGCUUCCUCGGCCUCAGGCCUCUGACGUGUCUCCACGAGCGGCUGGGGACUCUGGCACUUCACUGAAGGUCGCAUGGACGGGGCCUCAGACCCGCAGAUGAGUCGUGUGAAGCGCUUCUGCUUAGUCUGGCUCGUGGGGAGAGGCAGUUUGAAGGUGGAAGGAGGAAUCCUCCAGUCAGAAAGGGGAAAUGAUUGGAUUAUCAUUUCAGGUAGCAAUUAUUUUUAUUUCCUAUAUGGGAACGUGAUUUAUAGCUUUAAUUUGUUUCCAAAGCACUUGGAUCUGCUUUCCUUCAUUUAAACCAAAACACAAUUUUUAAAGGGUCACGUGGAGCAGCUGAGCCCCUGGUAGGACCCCAGAACUAACCUAGGAGGCUGAGGACCGGGAGUGCCAUGGGGCAGUCACUGGGCUGCAGGACUGUCAGUUCUUGUGACAGGAGGAGAUAUGGUCCCCCAGAACUCGGUCAUAGAGCGCAAACUACCAAGGAAGAAGCCUUGAUGGAGGGAGUCCUGCAGUCUCUUCCCCAGGCCACCUGGCCCACCAGGUGCCCCCAAAGCCCCGUUCUCUGGCAGUGUCCUCUCCCUCCCUCCCCGCCACUUUUAAUUAACCACACAGUAGAAGUGCUCACUGGCCUAAAAGCUCAGCUAGGGCUACAGCCUCGGAGGAAGUGUGUGAGUACACACUCCCAGACACCACUGCAUCACUGCUUCCACUCUGCAAAUCCACCAGGAGUCUCCUCUUUAUUUUUGUGGAAGAUUUAUUACAUGACAAUAAAUUUAAAUGAUAAACUUGAA